AUGGAGAAUUCAUCUAUAGUUACCAACUUCAUCCUUCUUGGAAUGACAGCUAACCCUCAGCUUGGAGUCCUGCUAUUUGGAGUCUUCUUUCUUGUUUAUAUUAUGACUCUUUGGGGGAAUCUAGGCCUGGUAGUCUUGAUCAGAGCUAGUCCCUGCCUACACACCCCCAUGUAUUUUUUCCUCUCUAAUCUGUCCUUUCUUGAUGUCUGUUUCUCUUCUAUCACCAUCCCAAAGACUUUAGCAAAUUUGUUAUAUAAGGUGCAGGCUGUUUCUUUCCUUGGAUGUAUGACUCAAAUGGGCUUGUUCAUAAUCUUUGCCUCUGCUGAAUGCAACCUUUUGGCUUCCAUGGCCUAUGACCGCUACAUGGCCAUCUGUCACCCAUUGCUCUACCACACCACCAUGGCUAGAGUCCGUUGUCUCCUCUUGGUAACGGGAUCCUACCUUGGAGGCUUAGUUAACAUGGUUUCUGUGACAUCUUCCAUCACACAACUAUCAUUCUGUCAACCAUAUGUCCUUCCUCACUUCUUCUGUGAUAUCCCUCCACUAUUGGCACUAGCUUGCUCAGAUCCCUGGGUCACGCAAAUUGUGGUUGUCAGCUGUGGAGGAUUCACCCUGAUCAUCUCCAUUAUGGUGAUCCUUGUCUCCUACCUGUCUGUCCUCACGACUAUCCUGAGAAUUCCCUCAGUUUCUGGCAAACAAAAAGCUUUCUCUACAUGUGCUUCCCACUUGACUGCUGUUGGCCUAUACUAUGGGACAACAAUGUACACUUACUUGCAGCCCUCUCAACGUGGAUCCCAGGCAGGAAAUCAAGUGGUCUCAGUGUUUUAUACAAUGGUGAUCCCACUGUUAAAUCCUCUUAUCUACAGUUUGAGAAACCAGGAAGUGAAGGUUGCUCUUUGGAAAAGACUGAAGCAAAGUCUAUAA